AUGCAACCCAUUGACCUACAAAUAGUGGUUGUUUUUCACAACUCACCACCAACAUUCAACGUGUUCAUAGGUUCCAUUCAGAUGGGUUUCUCAUUUGUGUGGUUAUCUUUGCUACUCAUGGCUUGGAUUACCUCGAAAACCGUUCUUUCGUUAAGCAUCGGGAGUUCGGAAGGCACUGUUAACGUGAAUGGAACGGCUUCGAUCGGUUUUGUAGACGAAGACUUCAUUUGUGCUACGUUAGAUUGGUGGCCACGGGAAAAAUGUGAUUACGGAAAUUGUAGUUGGGGUCAAACUUCUCUUAUUAAUCUAGAUCUUAACAACAAAAUCUUGUUUAACGCUGUCAAAGCUUUUUCUCCGUUGAAACUUAGACUGGGUGGGACUUUGCAAGACAAGGUGAGAUACCAAAAGAUUAGUGAUCAAGAACCGUGUUCAAAUUUCACCAAAGAUACAAGUGUGAUGUUUGGUUUCACCGAUGGUUGCUUCACCAUGUCAAGAUGGGAUCAACUCAAUAUUUUCUUCAAAAAUUCUGGUGCGAAGGUUAUGUUCGGGUUGAAUGCGCUAAGUGGUCGAAAAAUCAACCCUAAUGGUACGACAUAUGGAGCAUGGGACUCGAGCGAUGCAGAAUCUCUUAUGAGAUACACUGCAAACAGGGGAUACGUCAUUCAUGGUUGGGAACUAGGAAAUGAACUAAGCGGAACAGGGAUUGGAACAAGUAUCAAGGCAAAACAAUACGCAACCGAUACGAUUGCCCUCCAAAAGUUAGUGCAAAAGAUAUACGAUGGAUUUCAGGAGAAGCCGAUGGUUCUUGGACCAGGAGGAUUCUUUGAUGCAAAUUGGUUCAACGAGUACGUACUAGAAGCAUCAACUUCCCUUCAAGCGAUUACUCAACACGUUUAUAACCUUGGUCCAGGUGUCGAUGAACAUUUGGUCGAAAAGAUACUCGAUCCAUCGUAUCUCGAUGGAGGAUCACAACCGUUUAGAGACCUCCAAAACAUUCUUAAGAAACACGGGACUUCAAUGGUGGCUUGGGUGGGUGAAGCUGGAGGUGCCUACAACAGUGGUCGUAAUCUUGUCAGUAACGCUUUCGUGUUUGGCUUUUGGUACUUGGAUCAACUUGGGAUGGCAUCUACAUACGAUACCAAAACAUAUUGUCGACAAACGUUGAUAGGAGGAAACUAUGGACUUCUUGACACUACAACAUUUCUCCCGAACCCUGAUUACUACAGCGCGCUUCUUUGGCAUCGGCUAAUGGGAAGACAUGUUCUAUCAACGCGUUUUAUCGGCACAAACAAAAUACGUUCUUACGCACACUGCUCAAAAACUUCAGCAGGGAUGACGGUGCUCUUGAUCAACCUAGAUGGUCUUAAAACAACCAACAUCGGCCUCUCUUUUGAAAACGCCACUACAAUAGUCAAGUCAAUCCAACACGAACCAAAACAUACACAAAAAUCAAAAUUUUCCAAGAUGCUACGAAAUCCUAAAUUUGCCGAGGCCACAAGAGAUGAGUAUCACCUAACAGUAAAGAACGGAGACUUGCAUAGCCAAACAGUAUUACUAAACGGGAAUGAACUACUUGUAAAUUCUUCGGGGAUUAUACCUUUGUUAGAACCAAUAAAACAGAACUUCUCAAGCCCGAUCACCGUCGCUCCUUUCUCCAUUGUAUUUGUUCAUAUACCUAGCAUACAUGUUCCUGCAUGUAUAUGA